AUGGCAAGACUAUAACUGUCAGUAAUUGUCAAUGUCAACAGUCACUGUCAUGUCCUCAACUUCAAGAACAAAAUUCUGUAUUUGUUCCCUUUGGUAGUUUGACAGUUCAGUUAGAACGCUGUCUUCAACAUGCCACGUGAAAUUAAAGAUAUCAAGGACUUCCUACUGAAGGCCCGCAGGAAAGAUGCUAAAUCUGUCAAGAUAAAGAAAAACCCAGAGAAUGUCAAGUUCAAGGUGCGAUGCUCACGGUUUCUGUACACACUGGUUAUCACAGACAAAGAGAAGGCAGAGAAACUGAAGCAGAGCUUACCACCAGGUCUCCAGGUUAAGGAAGUGAAGUAAUGUGACUAGAUUAAAAAAUAAAAUAAAUAUACAAAA